AUAAAUAAAUCCCUGUAUUACCGACUUAGGCGUUUGUCAAUAAACACUUUGAAAUAGGUUAUCUUUUAUGUCAGAACAAAUAAUAAUUUUUGAAGAACGACCAAGUUCUGCAACAAAUGGACUCGCAAUGGAUAUGUUUCAUAUCGCCGAUUGUUGCAGAUCAUGCCUCCGCAUUGAAUGUUCCUUAAUAGAAACCACAUCAUCGGAUCACGACGGCAUAAAAUUCAGCGAUAAAUUAACCGCUUGCGUUGCAGAAGUGAUGUGGCUUAAAGAAGGUCUUCCGUCCUUAAUAUGUCAAAAUUGUAUUGAACGUCUCCAAGUGGCUUACGAUUUCCGCACGGUUUGCUUACAAUCGGAUCAAACAUUUACAAGAUAUAUUUCGCAAAUUUCCCAAAAAGAUGACCCCCAAGUUACUGAUACAUCAAAAUUUGAGUUUACAAUCACUCAAAACGUAACAGACACUUUACCGUGUAUUAUCGAGGAGGCUCAAAACCCCGAAUAUGUUCAUUUAAAACAUUUUUUGGAUAACGAUGAUCAAUUGGUUAAAUCAGAACAAUUUGGGGAAGGUGUAUCUAGGAAUUCAUCGCCUGGAGAUGGAAAAAGUAAAGAUUUCGUUUGUCAGAUUGAAGUGGAAAAAAAUUUUGAGGUGGAAAAAGAAAUUCAAGAACAAAUAAUUCCGGUUGUGCCACAAAAGCAAAUUAUAAAACGAACAACUGGAGUUCAAGUACGUCCAAGGACCCCCGAAAAUUUAAAUUCAACCACAAAAAGUUACACUUGUUUAAUUUGUGGGAAAAGUUAUCGAAAAAAUGCGAAUCUUCGCAUCCACAUGAGAACCCACACUGGAGAAAAGCCAUUUGAAUGUAAAUACUGCGAAAAACGUUUUUAUCACUCGUCACAUUUACGGGAACACAUUCGAAGACAUACCGGAGAGAAACCGUUUCAAUGCGCCGUUUGCGAUAAACGAUUCACAAUUAAAGGUGAAUUAACGAUGCAUAUGAAAAGUCAUACGGGUGAGAAACCGUUUGGUUGUACGGUUUGUGAUCGGAGAUGUUUAACAGCUGCCGAUUUAAAAGUUCAUAUGAGAACCCACACAGGGGAACGGCCGUAUAAUUGCGAGACGUGUGGUAAAAAAUUUGCGAGCGCUUACAUUUUAAAUUCCCAUAUUAAAACGCACACAGGAGUUCGACCGUAUGUUUGUAAAGUUUGUGAAAAAACUUUUACACAAUCAUCCCAUCUAAAUGUUCAUAUGAGAAAACAUACCGGUGAGAAAGUAUCUUGUAAAAUUUGCGACGCAAAGUUUACACAUUCCAGUCAAUUAACGAUACAUAUGCGUGAACAUACUGGGAAACAACCGUAUCGAUGCACCGUUUGCGAAAAAGUUUGUAAUUACUCAUCCGAAUUGAUGGUGCAUAUGAUGAAACAUAAAGGGGAAAAAUUUACUUGUUUAACAUGCACGAAACAGUUUACAUCCGCAACUUAUUUGAUUGAACAUCAACGGAUGCACACCGGCGAGAAUUUAUCAACUUGUACAAUUUGUGACAGACAAUUUACGAGACACCAGUAUUUAGAGAAACAUAUGAGAACCCACACAGGGGAGAAACCGUACUCUUGUUUUACUUGUGGGAAAAGUUUUACGCAAAGUUCUUCUUUGAAAGUACAUAUGAGGAUACAUACCGGUGAAAAACCGUAUUCUUGUACGAUUUGUGAUAAGAAGUUUACCACUUCUUCAGACUUAUCGGUUCAUACCAAAAAACAUAACAAAAAAUAUAUCGAUUUAUAAAUAAUUUAAGAGAAUUAUAUUUAUUAAAAUUUGGAAUUUAAAGAGGUUAAAAAACGUGAUUUUUAGGAAUAAUAAGAUUUAUAAAUUAAGAAAAUUUGUGAUCCUCAAAAUUUAUUAAGGUUUUAUUUUUAUUUUAAUAUUAAUCGCAGUAUUAUAUCUCUAAAUUAAUUUAUUCAUUUUAAGCACGAUUUUAUAAUGUACCAAUGUUAAAUAUCUGUGUAGGUUAUAAAAUGUUAUUUUAAUGAGUUUUUAAAUCUUAAUUUAAUUUAAAAUAGGUACUCAAUUAACUCGUAUUAACAAUACAGAAAAAUAAAUACUUUUUAAACUAA